UCUUAUUUAUCGUGUAUAAUAAUGUAAUAAAAUAGCAUAAUAGUGUAAUAAAAUAGCAUUGAAGUAAUGUAAUACGUUGCUAUUUUUCGAAGUAAAGUUUAAUAACAUAAAGUCACCUUGAUGUCUAGACUAAAAAGAAACUCGGUCUUCGCUUCGCAUGUCACUUGGCGCGAGACGCGACCGCGCCUCUUAAUUUUGCAUACCAGACGAUAAAUAAGAUUAAAUAAAAGAUUUCUUGGAAAUCAAUUUUCUAACGUUUAAGCUAUUUGCGCAAAAUCUAUUCGCGCGGUAAAUAAAUUCAUGUAAUUGCGUCUUUUGAGUCAUAUAAAUAUAUCCGAGGAAGUAUUAUUUCCAGUUUCAUUUGCGACGUCAAUCAGUUACCAUUCUGUCGUUAGUAAUCAGUGCUUGACAGAAAUUUCUGUAAAAUGACGCCGUUUAAUGUAGCAAACGUAAUAAACAUGUUAGCUACUACGUUUCAAAUUGCGAGUAUAACACAGACACCUAUAACACCAGUGGAAAUUGAAGUACAUAACGAAAUUACGAAAUAACGAACAAAAAUAUUUUACAAAAAGCUCAGGACACACGUUCAGUGAUAUUGAUAGAUCAUGAUUACGUGCUUGAUUUUGAAGAUCCGUCGGAGCCACAUUCCACGCAAGUUGUAGAACAUAUUACGCCUGCAGAAAAAGAAGAAGAUGAAGGCAGUUUCGAACCUGAAGUAUGCGUUGUUGAUGAUGAAGGAGGCAUAGUCGACUUCAGUUAUAAGAGAAAAGCUGUGGAGUUUUGGAAAAGUGGAAAAAAGGCCUGUAGAAUUUUAAGUGCAGUACAACACAAAUUCCGCAAGGUUAAAUCUUAUCAUCAACUAUACAGGUGGGAGACAAGUUUAGAAAAAGGUGGAACAAAUGCAGAUAAAUUUGCAUUUAUUGCGGAAUAUGUACUGCACAAGUUUCAAGAAGCUUGUGAUAGAAAAUCAAUCAUUCAUGAUAUGAAUUUAAGAUUAUGGGCCUUGGAGGCAAAGGAUCAAGUGGAUCUACCCGAAUUCAGGGCAAGUAAAUGGUGGAUUUGGAAGUUUAAAAAAGUACACGGAAUUGUUUCUCGAAAAAUAACCGCAUUCCGAACGCAAUUUACAUUUAAAGAUCAAGAAAAUAUACAAAAUGUCGCAAAAGAAUUUGUUUCAAAUGUAAAGUCCAAGAUCCCAGCUAUAGGACUAGAAGAAGUUUAUAAUGCAGACGAGAGUGGCUUCAACCUUGAAAUACAUUCUGGGCGAACAUUAGCGAAAUCAGGAGUGAAAAUAAUUGAGGCAGCAGUUCAAAGUAUAUCUUCAACAACACAUAGUUAUACUAUAAUGCCUCUUAUUUCGGCAAGUGGAAAUCUUCUUUCACCACUGUACAUCGUUUUGAAGGGGUCUACAGGAACAUUUGGACCGAGGGUGGAAGAAACUCUAUUUCGUCCAGUUAACAUAUACAUCCAGGCUUCAAAAUCAGGAAAACUCACUGCAAAACAUUUCAAAACUUGGUUCACCGAAGUAUAUCUACCGAAUACUGGCAGUAAAAGUAUGCUUCUACUUGACUCAUGGACGGGACACUGCCCGAGCCAGCUAGAGCAACAUGUACCACAAGCUCCUCCUUUUACAGCUGAAGAAAUCAUGCGGCGCGGUGGCGGAAGAGGAGCAAUAAUUCAAAUACUACGGGAGAGGCGGGAGGCUCGUGAAAAUCGUUAAUUUAUAAUUUUGUAUAAUUUUUAAUUUUGACUUUCCACGACAAUUAGAAUAUGUAACUAUUUUUUACUCGAGAGUCGUUUACUCAAGUUUAGUUGUUUAACAAUAUUUUGUUAAUAUUAAGAUAUUUAUGAUAGCGGCUGAUGAAGGCCUAGUGAGGCAGAAAUUGGUUCCGCGUUAUUAUAAUAAUGUACAUUGCUCGCUAAUGUAUAAUGCUUGCUCCUACUUGUACAUAAUAAAAAUAUAUGUAAUUUAGAAUAA